GAUUUGACAAAAAAAAAGCUUUGUAUGAUCAAUCUCCUGCAAACACAUCCUAUCCUCUAAUAUCCCAUAAUUAUCCUCAUCACAGCAUCAAUCGUCAGCAACAAUGGCGGCGCCCACGGCUGCGGGCAAUAAACCCAAGUCAAUACUUAUCAUCAACCCUAACACCACCCAAGCCAUGACCGAUGCACUUCGACCUUUGAUCGACUCCCUCAACAUCAAAGAUACUACAUUCCAAUACUUCACCGCUCCCAAGGGCGUCCCAUCCAUCAACAACGCCGCCGACGCAGCCCUAUCCGCACAAGAAUGCCUUGAUCCCCUAAAAUGGGAAUACGGCAAACAUGACGCCUACCUGAUCUGCUGCUACUCCGCCCACCCUCUCGUCGAACAAACCCGCACGGAACAGGUCACUUAUGCCGCUCGUCGCCGACGUACCACGGUCCCACCCGUCGCUGGGAUUUUCGAAGCUUCCCUCGUAGAGGCGCUGAAAAGUGCGCCGAAGUUCGGAAUCGUGAGUACGGGGGCACAAUGGGAGGGUCUGAUGAAUCAGGCUGUUUUCGCGGAGCUCGGUGAGGAUGUCGCAAUGGAGCGGUAUGAGGGGACGGAAACGACGGGGUUCGAUGCGAAUGAGUUGCAUGUUGCGCCUGCUGAGGUCGUCAAUGCGAGUAUGAAGGAAGCUACGAAGCGGUUGCUGAAGAGGGGCGUUGGAGCGAUCUGUCUGGGAUGUGCUGGGAUGGUCGGACUUGAGAGUGUUGUGCAGGAAGCUUGUAUCGAAGCGCUUGGGGAGACUGAGGGUCGGAAGAUCAAGAUCAUCAAUGGGGUGGUCAGUGGUAUCAGGCUCCUUCGAGGAGAGCUCUGAGGACGGAGGAAAGCUCGUGGGGAUGGUGGAGUCUUUUGAUUCAGAUAACUUCGCGACAUUCAUGACAUGAAUGGCGAGGAUUAGAUUCUUGCUUUUUCUUUUUCUUUUCCCUUUACAACUUGGAGCCCGUCCGAGCAUGACCGUAGCAGGGACCGCCUUUCCCAAACAUCUCG